AUGAACUCCAAAACGCUCUUUACCCUCGCCACCCUUGGCGCUGUCGCAUCUGCUUUCAAUCUGCCCGAUAACCUGAGACAAAUUUACGAGAACCACAUCUCUGGCGACUGCCAAAACCCUUUGUCCGAUGCCUUCGAGGGUGGCGCACAGUACUGUGGCGAUAUCCCAAAUGCCAUCUUCUUGAAGGGCUCCGACGGCAAUUAUGAUAACAUGGACGUCGACUGUGAUGGUGCCAAUAACUCUGGUGGAGCUUGCGCAAACGACCCCACUGGCCAAGGACAAACGUCAUUCCAGGAUACCGUUCAAAGCUUCGGUAUCGAGGACUUGGACGCCAACAUUCAUCCUUACGUUGUAUUUGGCAACGAAGGUGAUAGUCCUUCUUUUGCUCCCCAAGACUUUGGAAUGGAGCCUUUGAGCGUUGUUGCCGUUGUUUGCAACAACCAAGUGAUCUACGGCGUUUGGGGCGACACCAACGGCUUCACCUCUACUGGAGAGUCCUCCAUUUCUCUAGCACAGCUCUGUUUCCCCGAUGAUGGCCUCACCGGUGAUAACGGUCACGAUCAGAAGGAUGUCUUGUACAUUGGUUUCACUGGCUCAGAUGCCGUGCCUGGUACCAGCGCCAACUGGAGUGCUGGAAGUGCUGAAGAGUUCGAGGAUAGUAUUAAGGACCUUGGUGAUCGCCUGGUCGCUGGUCUUCUGGCAUAG